UUUUUUUUCUGCUGCUCUGCUGUGGACUGUGGAGGAGAUGGAGGAGGAAGUCAGUACAGUGGUGGAUUUAACAACUGUUGCUUUUCCUGCUGUUGCUGCUGCUGCUGCGGAACAAAACUAGCUCUCUGUCGGCGCUGCAUGGCGCAUGUCGGGCUAGAAUGAAGUCUAUUCCAUGCCGAGACAUUCAGUCUGGAUCAAUGUGCAAGUUCAUGGGAUUACAUAAACUCCUACGUGUUUAAGGGAGGUGGAGACAACUUAGCACCCCCUACCUCAGUCCUUGACUGAAAUCACCGACCCAAUUUUGCACAGGGGAGACGCUUUAAGAUCUCCCAAAGCACUUGAAAUGGAGGCUCCUGAUGGCCACCGAGCUAGUAACGGCCAAUGUUCUCCUGGUAAGGAGAACUCAAGAAUGUCGGGAGAAAUGUCAACACCUAAUGGACAGACACUUCCUCAGGGUCCUAACUCCCCGAGUGAAGUGACAAUUAAGCAAGAGGAAGACACAGCGGAGGAGGCUGACAACAGAAGCCCAGCACUUGAAGAAAUAGGCCAAACAGGGGAGGAAGGAGACACAUUGGAGGAGUCCAUGACUGACAGCCCGAACAAUCUACAGGAUGGAUUAUCUGAAUCAAAUGUGUCAGCGGAUUCAGGAAGUCGACAACCAAACGGUGACAGGCCGUUCCAGUGCAACCAGUGUGGUGUCUCGUUCACCCAAAAGGGAAACCUGCUGCGACAUAUCAAGCUGCACACAGGCGAAAAACCCUUCAAAUGCCCUUUUUGCAGCUAUGCCUGCCGGCGGCGCGAUGCUCUAACUGGUCAUCUGCGCACUCAUGCUGUUGGCAAACCACACAAGUGCAACUACUGUGGCCGGAGCUACAAACAACGCACUUCUCUGGAGGAACAUAAAGAGCGCUGCCAUAGUUACCUGCAGGGCAUCAGUUUGGAUCCGACGGCCAACACUGGCCUUUACACAGGUGAGGGUCCUAAAGAGCCGAGGCCCAUGGCAGAGGCCAACAGCGUUGGUAACUUUGAUCGACCGCCUGUUAUUGAGAGGCUGCAAAACAAUGUGGGCAAAAGAAAGAGCACCACACCUCAGAAAUUUGUGGGUGAAAAAAUGGUACGCUACAGCUACCCUGAACUAGGCUAUGAGAUGGGUCUUAAGUACGAGAAGCAAGCUGAACUGAUGCCGCCCCAUAUGAUGGACCAAGCCAUCAGCAAUGCCAUGACAUAUCGGGGAUCAGACGCCCAUCGGCCCAUGCUACACCAUCCUCUUUCUAUGGCAGAUGUGGUGCCCAUGGUCAACCCUCUCUUCCAUCAUAUCCUUCCCAUCAGUCAACGAACAGAGCGUCCAGGAAACUGUGAAACGCUUCCUCCCCAGCCCCACGACUUCCCCAGCCUUCCUACCACUAAUGGCCCAACUGCUUUAACGAGACAGGGUAAGCCAAACCAUCCAGGGCAAGACGAAUCUCCUAACAACAGUGGACUUGACUCUGCUGACUCAGCUCGCAGCAGCCCUCAAGAAAGGCAUGGCUACCAUGGGGCACCUCAAGGCAUCAGGUCUCGAGCCAGUCCAGCAGUGGUUUAUCCAGGUGAGCGGGUGGCGGAAGCAUCAUCCAGAAGCGGGGCAGGGAUUGGGCCUAGGAUAAUGCGAAUGCCUGCAGAGAAGCCUAUUGGACAGGAAGGAGUGCGGGUGUUCGGACGCGAAGGCCAGGAGUUGCAAGCCUUCCAAUGCGAGCACUGUCGGGUGCUCUUCCUUGAUCAUGUCAUGUACACCAUCCACAUGGGUUGCCAUGGAUACAGAGAUCCUUUAGAGUGCAACAUCUGUGGUCACCGCAGCAAAGACCGCUAUGAGUUCUCCUCCCACAUAGUCCGAGGUGAACACACCUUCCACUAAGAGGAUGGAGUGGAUUUCAGGGAAGGGCAAAGAAGAAAAGGGGAAAUAGCCUGAGAUACAUCCUUGUCCCCCAGACGUCUAAAAACUGCACAGUUGAAUGGCACUGUUUGAAAAGUGUAGCACAAUCAUAGCAUAGACUACUUUUUAAGCUACUUUGUUGUGAAUCUGAAUCAUAUGAAGGUACGGGCCAAAGACACAUUUUUUACAUAUUUAAUUAAGAAUAAUGCAGAAGCAGGAAGGUAAGUUUUGUUUUCCUCUAAAAUGUUCUUGAAAUGUACACCAGAGCAGCUGUCAGAUGACUUUUACUGGUUGUCAUUUGAGUCCUCUUCACAAAUGUCUACUUUUGUGCUUGUUCUGUCAUCAUGCUUUCCUACAAUGUUUUUUUUUUUUUUAAACUUAAAAUGAAUUCGUAGAUAUGAAAAUAUGUUUAUGUUUCUGCCUUGUGGGCCCAAUGCAUUAGAUGACGUUUGACAUGUUUUCAUUCAAUCAGACAGAAUGCAAUGAUUAACACUGAUGCCAGUAGUGAAGACUUCAGGUAUUCACAAAUGUUUUUUUUUCUGUUGAAAUUUAACCAUUUUGGAAUCUUUCAUGGAAAAAAAAAAAAAAUAACAAACUAUGAAACUGACCCAACAACCAUGGCACAUGAUUUAGUAUCCGUGUUGGUUGUGUCAUUGCUGUGGCUCAUAAUUUUUGUUUGAACAAUGGUGUGAAAUCAUAUGGUCAUUUGAUACAGUGUUUGAACUGUGAUUUGGUUUCCAUUCGGACUUGACUUCGCAUUGCUGUUGCAUUGUUGGGAUUGUCAAAUUGUGUCUAUCUGCAGAUUGAAAAUGUUCAGUCUUACCAUCAUAUACGAGCUUUAGUUCUGCAUUAGUUUUACCUUGUCUAACUGCAUAAUUUGAAAUAUUUAGCAUACAAACAUUAAUGAAAAGAUUGUGGUAAUAAACAUAAAAAAUAGAAAGGGAAGAAAACUCACUCUGUAUCCCCACUAAUAGAUACAUCAAAUACAAUUUCUGAGACUUAAAUUCCUGUAGUCUUUAAAUACAAGUAAAGAUAACUUAAAUGCCACGAUCAAAAAUAGAGUGACGUUCAAUUGCAAUUAGCUAAUAAAUGUGUGAUUAACAAAAAGCAAAAACUAGAUCACAGUUGGACUGUUUGUAGCUCAAUAACAUUAUGGCUUUAAUGACUGUUAUUGCCUAUUCUCAGAAAAUAACAAUAUUACUUUGCAAAAAAAUUGCAUUUAUAUUAAUUUCUGUUUGUUGCUGUAGUUUAAGUUGAGGUUAGCCAAAAAGCUAAUGCUAACUCAGUGGAAAAGCUUCAUAGCUAGCUAAUGGCAGACAACUACCUCUUUACGACUAGUUAGUGGCAUUUUUCUGAUGUGAUAGCCUUCAUCAUUUAACCUUUACGGGUAUUUUAUUGUAGCUUACAAAAUUGUUUAUAUAUAUAUAUAUAAUGAACAUAAUGAACAU